GUGAAUUAUUUUAACAAAUAGGUUAAGUAAUAAAAAGCUUCAUUGGAAAGUAACAAUAAAAUGUUUAAAAGUUAUAAUUUUAUUUGUUUAUUGAAUACUUUGAAACAGUGCAGAUUUGGUAGUACGACCCAAAGUGGUGGUAAAAAUGAAGUAGCAACUAUGUUGACAAAUAGAAAUCCUAGAAAUCUAGAACGAUUACGCAUAGGUUAUAAACCAGACGGAUAUCAUGUAGAUGCUUUAGGGAAACGUUAUUGGCACAAGUUGCAGCUCACUGCUUCAGGAAAAUACGUUAAAGCAUCAAUUGUUCACUUUCAGAAUGGGGAAGUACUUAGUGCAAAUACUUCUGAAUGGUGUAUUAAAAAGCAGCUUUAUAGAACUAUUGACACUAGUGCUUAUAUAAAUUUGGGAAGGGUUUUGGCACAGAGAUGCUUACAAUCUGGUUUAAUAGAAGUAGAAUGUUUUAUUAAAUCUAAAAAACCUGAUGAUAAAGUAGCGUUAUUUUUACAAGCCAUGCAAGAGGGUGGUGUAAGCCUAACUGAGCCUUCACAGUUCAAAGCUGCAAUGCCAUGGGAUCUUGAUAGACCUGAAAAACCAUGGGAAGUAACUGAAUAAUUAGUAGUUGAAAUAAAUUUAUUUAAAAAAUUUAUUUAUUAUUUUGCAUUAACAAAACCUCGCGUAUAUUUUCCAAUUAUUACUUAUAUAUUUAUAUUUACAAGUUGGUGAAAAUGAAUAUGCGAUUUCACACUAUAAAA